AUGAGCGGAUUACCAGGCAAGGGCAGGGGCUCUGGAGGAGACGAUAGGGAGGAGAACAAGAGGCGUGGGGCACAAGAUAAGAAUAAGGCACCAGCAAAACCUCGGCCGAAGCGGACCGUAGAGCAGAAAGCAGCCAUCAACCAAAAAAGGCGACAACAGAGAUCAGACAACGCUGAACAGGCGAAACAUAACCUAGAACUGGGGGCUGACCUGCGUAAGGAAAAGGACGAGAGAAAUGCCAAGGAACGCAUUUACUAUGCGCAGAAGAGGAUAGUCGAUCAAGAAGGGGCGAAACAUGACCCAGAUCUGAAGGCUAAGCUGCGUGAGAAAGCGAACCACCAUGCUGCCUAUCAGAGAAAUUACAAAGAGCAGAGGGUGAUUAAGGAGACGGCGCUAUCUUCUGGGAGGCCGGAGACUCCAGCAAGUAUAACGUGGGAGAAGCCAGAAACCCUACUAUCAUACGGCUCACCACAGCCCAAACUUCUGAACUCGAAGAAAAUGGACAUACAGUUUGAAGAAUACGACCCACAAAACCCUGAAGGAAGUAACCUAAAAGUGCCUCAGGUCACGAAACCUCGCACAGAGAAACCUCGCACAGAGAAACCUCGCGAACCUCCGAACUCGAAGAGAAUGGACAUACAGUUUGAAGAAUACAACCCACAAAACCCUGAAGGAAGUAACCUAAAAGUGCCUCAGGUCACAAAACCUCGCACAGAGAAACCUCGCGAACCUCCGAACUCAAAGAGAAUGGACAUACAGUUUGAAGAAUACAACCCACAAAACCCUGAAGGAAAUCACGAAACCUCGCCCACAGAAAUCUCGCCCACAGAACCCGAAAAGAAGUGA